AUCAGCCUCAUCUCAGACGGCGGAACGAUCACAGCGACAGAUCAUCUGUUUGUUACGCGCACGUCAUUAAAAAAAACAAGGCAGCUAUGGAGCGCGGCAGGAUGGAUACGACCACGCUCGACCGCGUGAGCAGGCUGGCGUCUAACGUGGGCGACGCCGCUUCAAUUUCCGUGAGCCUUGGACAAAUCGACUGGGACAUCAAGCUGGUCGACCAAGACGUACGCAAGCUGCUCGCCGCGGUGCAAGGGACUUCCAAGCAGACGUAUGCAGGCACCAGCAACGAGACGGAGCAGGGGAGGGCCUUCCUCCAGAAGCAGCUCGACGGGCUCAUGAAGGAGAAGGCGCAGUACAAGGAGAAGAGGCUGGCCCUCCUGCAGCUCCAAGACGAGCUCCCUGGGAUCCCGGAAGACGGUGAAUACUCAGCGCCUGCUGGCAAGUCCCCUGGGGUAGCGACGACGGAGGCAGAAGACCAAAAGGCGGUCGCGGACACAACCCUUGUGUGGAAAGAGACUGUGACCAGCGGCACCUACGAUGCCCCCAAGAAGACGGCGGCUCUCUACGCCGAGGAUGGCGUUCUUUGGGGAACGGUCUCGGAGGAGGUCCGCGACACGCCGGAGCAGAUCUACGCCUACUUCGACUACUUCGCCCGGCUUCCCGAGCUGAGGGUGGUGGAGUACACCCCCGUUGCCGUGCGCGUGUACGGGGACUUCGCGAUCCAGGCCGGCACCUACACCUUCGCUUUCCAGGGAGCGGACGGAGCUACCGUGGAGAAGAGGGCCCGCUUCAGCUUCACCUUCCGGAGGGACAGGCCCGGCAGCCCGCAGCCCUGGACCAUUGUGGAGCACCACUCCUCCUCCAUGCCCACGGCACCUGCGGGGCUCAAGCGGGUUGGACCCAACGCUGACCUCGUCAAGGUCACCCCUAAGAAGGUCGAGAUCACCCCUGACCAGAAGGCGGUGGCGGCAACCACGAUCGUGUGGAAGGACACGGUGACUCUCGGAACCGACGACGCUCCGAAGAAAACGGCGGCUCUCUACGCCGCGGACGCGGUUCUUUGGGGAACGGUCUCGGAGGAGGUCCGCGAAACGCCCGAGCAGAUCUACGACUACUUCGACUUCUUCGCCCGUCUCCCGAAGCUGAGGCUGGUGGAGUACACCCCGGCCCCUGUGCGCGUCUACGGCCAGUUCGCCGUGGAGGCCGGCACCUACACGUUCGCCUGGCAGGGGGACGACGGAAAGACCGUCGAGAAGAGGGCCCGCUUCAGCUUCACCUUCCGGAGGGACAAGCCCGGCAGCCCCCAGCCGUGGACGAUAGUCGAGCACCAUUCCUCCUCCAUGCCCAUCGCGCCGGCAGAGCUCAAACCGGUGGAGCCGGAGGUAGACAUGGACACCAUUGUCCAGGCUGUGUCCGAGGUCUCGGUGGCGGACAAGCCCCCCCCGCCCGCCGCGGCUGCGUCCUCCAGCGGCAAGGGAACGUCGUUCUUCCGAUCCUUGUUCGGCGGCGGGGGUGGUGAAGCGAGUGGUGACAGCGCCAAGCCCAGCGAAGGCCAGACCUUCAAGCCUGACACACACGCCGUGGACGUGACCGUAUCUCUCGGACAACACGGUCUUGGCCUCGUCCUCGGCAAGGAAGAGGCGGGAAGCCGCUGGGCUGUGAAGGGGUUCCGCGACAUGCCCGACGGACAACCCAACCCUGCGUCGGCGGGCGGUAUCGAAGUCGGAGACACCCUACAGAAGCUAGACGGCGUCACCCUCGGCUCGUACAAAGAUGGUAUGGAGAUGUUCAAGAAGCAGAGCGGCUCCGUGGUUAUCACGGUCCUCCGGCAAGACGAAAUCACGAUUUAAGCUAGAAAAACGUUGCGAUAACAGUACCUCACGAUUCCACCGAACCGAAGGGUUGUGAUGUAUAUAUCUUCAUCGGCCGGAGCUACAGUCCUCUAGGUCCUCUAGGUCCUCUAGGUCCUCUAGGUCCUCUAGGUCCUCGUGAAAGAAUACGGAUGAGAUGAUGCUCUCGCAAGUUUGCGAACAUGAAAAGAAAACAAGCGUCGCAAACUUGUCUGUGGCUACUCUGUGCGCGGGUCGACCUUUCCUCACGGUCCCGCGGGGGAAAGAAAAAGUACGAUCAUGUCACUAAAGAACAUAGAAACUACAAUUGAUCUCACAUCACUGCCUAGUGGACCCGGUCUCUCCCUCCGUGCGUUGCGAGAGGUCUGUUGGGUAUUAGAUGGAGUUCGUGAUACGGUAACAGGGGUGGGGGUGGGGUAGUGUCGAGCUUGGUACGUCAUUUGCCGGUGGACGAGCUGAGGGGUUUGCGGCGGGAAGGUAGUUCGCCCUCUCGGCUCAUGGUUCGAGUAAUGACACGUAAUUUCCUCGUUUUUUUUUUUCUGCAACGACGAGAAGUUGUUGGGAUAGGCUGUCCCACAAGUGUGCCGAGUGCUGAACGGGAUGUGACGAUGUGACCCUUUCGUUGUUUCAGAGCAAAAAGCUUUUUUUUUUGUAGUGAUUUGAAGGGGUUUGUUUUCGUUAGCCGGUGGGAGCUUCUGGCCUGCCUCGUGUCUGCCGCUACUGCUGAUUGAUCACCUGGCGACGAUCGUCGAGGGGGGGGGCAAAGACCAAGUAGGCCCGAACUCGGGGCGAUCUGUCCCAAUCCCGGAUAUGAGUGAUGACUCUCGCCCGGUCCUACAUAUACGACGCUAAACGUUUCGCGUUUUCUGCCGUUGUCAGUGUUGUGUUGACCUAUAGAAGCCGCUCCCGGUGUCUGCGACGCAGUUUGCCCUACUUGCACGGUAGUCGGCAUCUAGGUAUUAAUUGGUAUACGUGGGAACGCGUUAUGUUCGUUCAUUCAUGCGAAUAUAUAGAUGCAUCUGUU